GUGAAAUAUUAAGCCACAACUUUUUUGCAAAAGUAUGAGCCGAUCAGCAGCCAUGCAGGGAGUCACUUAGAGCAAGUUGAACAUGCAGAUGUUUGGGAAAGGCAUGUACUGUAGUCGGCAUCACGAGGGUUGUGUGGUUUCAGCAGCUGUCACCAAUUUGUGCCCCAACAAACCUCACGGCGCUCUAUUGUCACUUCAAAUCGGACAAACGGGUGAUAGUUAUGUCCAAUGUCAGCAAUUCUCCUUCCCAGGAGAUGCUACUCUAAACGAGCCUUUUACACCGCGCUCGGUUACCUCCCCGCUUGGAAGGCUUAGCUGUCUUUCCGAAUUCUUUGAGAGUUGACUUCGGCAUAAUCUGACAUGACUACUGCUGUGGAAGACAUCAAUUACGGUUACUGUUAUGCGGUGGAUCACCGCUAACUAUCACAAAGGUUGGUGGACCCAAGUACCCAGCUAAGGGUACCAAGGCUGGACCGGUGGCAACGCUACCUAUCACUGGCCACC